AUGCUGUCUCUCAUCAGAAAGAUCAGCAGUGCACGACAGUCUACAGAGACAUUGAGAAAGAAGGACGACAACGAGGUCAACGUCGACAACACAAGCCGGGAAGAAGAGGUCGAUGGCACUACCUACGAUCCCGAUGCAGAUCCGAGGGAUCCAGAAAGAUACUACACUUUCCCACAUUUUGCCGAAGAAAAGCAAGAAACCUCGAGCCUUACCGACGACGACAACCAGGUCAAUGACGAGAGAACCCCCAUCCUACCACAAACACCAAAGUCAAAGCCCAAGACCACACCUUCGAGCACAGAACCAGCAUCUCCGCCUUUCUGGCCCAUCUCACCUGUACCUAAACGACUCCACAAGUCCAACCCGUCCAAUCCUACGGCUCCAAGGAUGCAGAGACGUGCGACCACAGACCUGACACCAUCGCAACCCCUCCCUGUUCGAGAGAAACCUGCUCGUAGAGCUUCGGCUCAGGUUCCUGAUCGUGUGGGGGAGGUGCACAGUCCCACGAGAGAGCAGAAGCAACAGAGAAAGGUUUCUGUACAGAAUCAGGGGUCUUUGAAGAAGGACGGUGGAAGGAGAGUGACUGGAAGUUGAAGCUUCCUUUGAACAGAGAGUACUGGACGAAUUCAACUGUGCAUUUUCAUAGCAUCGUUUUUCGAGGUGCAAGGGAGCUAGGGAGCUUGGAUAGCGUUUGCAUGUAAUUAGCAUGGUCAGGUCAAAGUGAAGCCUCCAUUUGCUUCAGGUAAACGUGAUUCACACAAUGAGAUGAAUGCAGAAGGACAGAAAGG